UAAGACGUACUGAAAAUUUGUUUGUUUAUUUUUAAUUUUAAUGUUUUGGUGAACAGCCUAAUUUCCCUCAACUUACGGCUUCUCUCUCUCAUUUGGUGCGAAAUUUUUGAAAUUUUUAUGUUUUUUGUAUUUGAUCUAUGCAAACCCUAAGUUUUACAAAUUUUUCACACUCCUAUCUUGCCUCGCCUCGCCUCUCGUCGGCUUCUCAUCACUCAUUACGGUGUGCUCACGGCUUUCCCUUCGCCGUUCUAUCUUCGCAACGCUGAUGGCUGGCGCCGACAGCUCUUCGCGGCAGCUCUAAUCUUGUUAUUCUCUCCCCGUUGAAGGCUAACAAGAGGCAUAAGGCAAAGGGAUGUUGUGGGUGGACAAGUACCGGCCUAAAACUCUUGACCAGGUUAUGGUCCAUGGCGACAUUGCACAAAAUCUCAAGAAAUUGGUUACAGAACAGGAUUGCCCCCAUUUGCUCUUCUAUGGAUCACCUGGUUCUGGCAAGAAAACUCUAAUAAUGGCUCUUCUCCGCCAAAUGUUUGGGCCUGGUGCUGAAAAGGUGAAGGUGGAAAACAGGACCUGGAAAGUGGAUGCUGGUAGUAGAUCGAUUGAUCUUGAGCUGACAACGCUAUCAAGUGUCAACCACAUUGAAAUGAGUCCAAGUGAUGCAGGUUUUCAGGAUAGAUACAUUGUUCAAGAAAUAAUCAAAGAAAUGGCUAAGAAUAGACCCAUUGAAACCAAAGGGAAGAAAGGAUUUAAAGUACUGGUGCUCAAUGAUGUGGACAAACUCUCUAGAGAAGCACAACAUUCUCUCCGCCGAACCAUGGAAAAGUACAGUGCUUAUUGCAGAUUGAUUCUAUGUUGCAAUAGUUCUUCAAGAGUCACAGAAGCUAUCCGCUCUCGUUGUCUGAAUGUGCGAAUAAAUGCACCAAGUGAAGAUAAGAUUGUUGAAGUUUUGGAAUUCAUUGGUAAGAAAGAAGGGCUGCAACUUCCCCCUGGUUUUGCUAGUCGCAUAGCAGAGAAAUCAAAUCGAAAUUUAAGGAGGGCCAUACUGUCUUUUGAGACUUGCCGUGUACAACAGUAUCCUUUCACUAACAAACAAACAAUUCCCCCAAUGGACUGGGAGGAAUAUAUUUCUGAAAUUUCAUCUGAUAUAAUGAAGGAACAGAGCCCAAAAAGGUUGUUUCAAGUCCGAGGAAAGGUGUAUGAGCUGCUAAUCAAUUGCAUUCCCCCAGAGAUCAUUUUGAAGAGGCUUCUUUAUGAACUGCUGAGGAAAUUGGAUUAUGAACUAAAGCAUGAAGUAUGCCAUUGGGCAGCAUAUUAUGAACAUAGAAUGCGACUUGGACAGAAGGCCAUUUUUCACAUAGAAGCGUUUGUGGCUAAGUUCAUGAGCAUUUACAAAUCCUUCCUGAUUUCAACAUUCGGCUGAAGAUCUAGCGAUGGUUUGCUGUUCAUGCUACAUGUUAAAUCCCUUAUGUACUGGUACAUACAAGAGUUUUCUCAUCAUGUCUAAAGAGUAUCUUAUGUAUGUGACCUAAUUAUCAUGACUAAAAUUAACAUGUUUAGCUUGUAGAGGCCUCUCAUGCUCCAUUACUUAGUAGGAACAACACGAUUUAUGAACAAUUUUGUUAUUUCUACAACCCA